AUGCUGUCCAUCUAUUGCGUGGACCUCAACGGGUCGUUCCUAUCACAAGCGCAAUGCACGCAACUUCUCGUUCUUCAAGGAUCGCAGCUCGUACUGCUGUUAUUAUGCAUGAAUCGGGUGCUGCACCUCGCAAGGAAAUCAAUUGGAACCUCAAGUAGCUGGAACGAGGUCGAUGUGAUGCUACUGGUGAUGCAGUCAGUGGUCGUAGCUGCAGCCAUGGUCUCUUCCGUGGAAAUUGCCAGAGCAGCUACACUGUACCCUUUGUCUGCAUCGUUUGUAGUCGGUGCCAGUGUUGCUGCGGCAAUGUGGUUCUUUUACGCUGUACAGAAUGUGUACGAGUUUUUGCAACACGAGGCGAGCUGCAAGCUUGUCACGCUCUUUGUCGUGCUGUGUGCCGUCGAGGAGUUGGUGAAGAACAUGGGGACGUCUCAGUUAGAGGUUCAAAUGAUGGUGCUAGUGCGUUACAAGGCUAUAAUCUCGAUCGUGGUGGCAGGCCUCGCUGUAGUCCGGACUUUGAUGUGUCGACAAAGAGGAAAAAGAGCGAACGGCGAAAACGCUGACCAGGGCUUGCAAGCUACGAAGACGGCGAUGGAAAGUCCAUUAGACCGCGUGGGCUGGUUGUCGCAGUUGUCGUUAAGCUGGAUCUCUCCGACGAUUGCGCUAGGUAAGGCGCGUAGACUCGAGAUGGACGAUAUCCCGAAUCUUCCAGCGCAGGAUAAGACGUCUGUCGCUGCAAGCAAGUUCAAAAAGGAGCUACAGCAUGAAUUCUCGUCGUAUCGACCUUCGAAGCGAUCGUUCUUGCGCGUGGCAUGGCGCUUGUAUGGUACAGAUGUGAUCCUAUUCGCUGUCUGGUCUACCAUGAACAAAGCCGUUGGAUUAGUGAGUCCACUCUUGCUGAAGCUCUUUUUGGACUGGGCUGCUGCGUCGAACUCGUCAUUUUCGACGGGUUAUUACCUGGCUGCAGCUAUGAUGGCUCGGUCUGUCAUAUCAGCCGUGUCCGGUACGCAAUUCAAUCUCGCUUGGAAAAGGUUUGAUCUGAGAGUGCGAGCUGGCUUAGUAUCUGCGAUCUAUGCACGGACGCUACAGCUAUCGGGAGAAAGCAAACGUCAGGCCGGAGGUCUCGGCCACAUCACGAAUCUGAUCUCAGUUGACGUUGGCCGCAUCGUUAGCAUACCGGGCACAAUAUUUGACAUGGUGCUUAUCCCGGUGGAGAUAGCAGUGGCGUUUGUCUUGCUGAGCAAGGCCGUCUCUGUUUCGUUUGUCGCGGGCGUUGCAGUACUGGCUAUCAUGCUUCCACUUCAGACAGCUCUGGGACGAAAGAUCCAGCAUGUCACGGCAGACAUGAUGCGUUUUCGUGACGAACGAGUGGGCCUCGUCGCGGAGAGUCUCAAAGCCAUCCGCACACUCAAACUGCUAGGAUGGGUCACAGCGCGUCUCGAUAUGAUGAGCAAGAGCCGGUCACUCGAAUUGGGGAGGCUGCGAGUGCGCAAGUACUUGGACGCUUUCUGUGUCUUCUUCUGGGCAUCGACGCCCGUGAUCGUGCAAGUCUCAGUCUUUGCUGCUGCGGUUUUUUCCGGACGAGACAUAUCAGCUGCAGAUGCGUUCACUGCCAUAGCACUGCUAGAUCGUCUUGUAUUUCCCAUGAACUAUCUCCCGUGGAUUGUCAAUUCCUUUCUCGAAGCAAGGGUGUCUGCUCUACGUAUCCGGGGCUUCCUUUUCGACAAAGAAGACAAUGCGUGUACUGCAGAAGGCCUCAGCAGAAGUCAUCAACCUCAGUCCGCUGUUUCUCCGACCGGAGAGGCAAACAAGUACGUUGUGAGUAUCCGUGACUGCGAGUUUGGAUGGGGCGGGACCAAAACCAGCGUCGUAGAAGCUGAAGACAGUGAUGUAUUCACCGCCGACACGCCUUUGUUGGUGGAAGGAUCCGCACCAUCAUCUUCAGUUGAGCCUGCUUCUCAUCAUUUCGCCUUACGCAUUGCAGAACUCGAAUUGCAACGAGGAUCGACGUACGUGGUAUGUGGCCCCGUAGGUGCGGGCAAGUCAUCCCUUUUACUCGCGCUGCUUGACCAAAUGCCGAAGCAGAGCAACCCGGCUGGUGUUUACAGGCGAGAACAAUCGUUGCGCUGCGCGUAUUCUCCGCAAAGUCCAUGGCUGUUCCGUGGAAAUGUGUACUCAAAUAUUACUUUGUGUAGUGAAAGCGACGCGGACUGUGGCGAAGGAGAAAAUGGCGCUGACUCGGACCGGGUCGAGCGUGUUCUUCGCAUUUGUGAGCUCGAUGUGGAUCUUCGCCAUAUGAAGCCGCCGUAUAACGUGGCUGAGAGCGGCAACAAUUUUAGUGGUGGUCAGCGUGCCCGAAUCAACCUCGCCCGCGCCCUCUAUCAGCGAGCGGACCUCUACUUGUUGGACGACCCCUUCAGUGGCUUGGAUGCGACUACUGCAAGCAAAGUGAUAACAAACUGCUUCACGUCAAGCUCCAGUAUCUUUCCUCCGAAUGCGACUGUGGUCGUUGUGACGCAUUCGCUUCAUCUUCUGUCACUGCUACCAACCGAUGUGCGUGUUGUCGUCAUGGAUGAAGGCUGCAUUGUUGAGCAGGGGACUUGCGACGCAUUGAAAGCGCAAGAUCCACCUAGUCACUUGACGACCUUACUGAAGCAAUCACCGAGCAAUGAGACGUUUGAUGGCAGUGCAAGUUGCGUACCACCGGCAGCGACGAUAGAAGAGAACGAGCAUACUGGAAGCGUGGAUGAUGUGGCAGAGGAUGAAUCGACUUCGAUGGAGGAAGACGAUGAAGGCCGUGAAUCUGGCGUCGUGGGCUGGCACAUUUGGAAAGCGUACUCGUUGGAUGUCGGUUGGGCGCUUUCGGCAAUCAUCAUGCUGUUUGUCGUAGGUAUGCAAAUAUCUCGGAACUCGCUGGACUGGUGGAUUGCAGUAUACACGAACGGCAGGCACUCGAUCACGCCGCGAGAGUUUGCGAUGAUACUACUGUACAUUGCGGGAACGAACAUAGUUUUCGUGUUCUUUCGCUCAUUUCUUUUCGCGUAUGGAGGCUUACGCGCAGCACGUGCAACGUAUCACAAGCUCAUACAAAGCGUAUUCGCUGCCUCACUACGGUUCUUCGAGCAGACGCCUGUUGGACGUGUGCUAAACAGACUGAGCGGAGACACGUAUGCCGUCGAUGAAUCGCUGCCAUUCACUCUCAACAUUUUCCUGAAGGACGCGGCAGACGUGGUGGGCGCACUGGUCAUUCUCUUUUAUGGCAACCGCUUCGUGGUGUUGCUGCUCGUCCCAUUGAUCCUCGUGUACUUCCACUUACAGCGUGACUAUCGCCCAAGUUCGCGUCACCUCAAGAGACUGGAUGCAACGACGCAGUCAUCCCUGCUGGCAACGAUUACAGACACGUUGAAUGGCCUCACCAUUAUCCGCGCCGCAGGCAGACAACGGCAGUACUACCUCGUCUACGAAGCGCGCUUGAAUCACAAUCAGCGAGUUGCCUUCCUCAGCUCGACAACCAAUGCGUGGUUCGGUCUACGUCUCGACAUGCUGGGUGUCUGCGUGACAUCGUUCGUUGUCGUCUUUGCCGUGGCGGACUUCGGCCUCACAGGCGAAGCGAACCCCGGUAUUCUUGGACUGACGCUCACGUACGCACUUCCCAUUGUAGGAAAACUGAACGCCAUCCUCAAUAGCUUCGUUCAUACGGAGCGUCAGAUGAUCGCAGUUGAACGCGUCAAAGAGUACACAGAACUCGAGUCUGAGGAAGAUAUCGUUGGCGUCGGAAGUACCGCAAAAGCCCGUGAUGUGCCACAUUCCUGGCCUGCAGCAGGACAUAUCUCGAUUGUGGCUCUCACAGUCACGUAUGCUACGCCCGCAAACGAUAUCAGGCACCGGAACACGUUUGGUAGCACUGACAUCGCUAGCUCGCGUGUAGUCGCUCCAGCUCUCAACCACGUCACGUGCGACAUUCCGGCAGGGCAGAAGCUCGGUAUCUGCGGACGCACGGGUGCUGGAAAGUCGACGCUGCUCAAUACUCUGUUUCGAGCUGUUCCGUGGGAACGCAGUGGAAGUAUCCGGAUCGACAACUUGCCAUUAGACUCGAUUCGACUUCAAGAUAUACGGUCACGGCUUACCUACAUCCCGCAAGAUGUGGUUCUGUUCUCGGGAACAGUGCGCUCCAAUCUAGAUCCUGACGGAGUGCUUGGCGACGAGAGACUUUGGACGGUAUUGCGUAAGUGUGGAGGACUUGCGACUGCUGUUGCCAAGCUCGAUCGUGGUCUCGAUACUGUUAUCGAAGGUGGUGACAACGAACACGCGGUGUUCAGCCAAGGACAAGCUCAGCUGCUUUGCAUUGCAAGGGCGUUGUUGCGUCCGUCCAAAGUGCUCUGCAUCGAUGAGGCUACUGCAUCACUCGAUUGCGAGACUGAGCGAGUUAUUUCCGAGACGAUCGCAUCGGAGUUCUCGACGUCGACGGUGAUAAUGGUUGCCCAUCGUGUACAAACAAUCAUGCAAUGUGACCGGGUGCUCUUGCUUGACAGUGGCUGCCUCGUUGAAAGUGGCGACCCGAAGGAACUCGUGCGAAACCCUCAGUCUCUAUUGUCCCGUUUGGUGGACUCCAGCACGGGCGAGUCUUUGUUGCCAUUGUAA